AAAACAAAAAACGACGACCGACCACGCCCUAUAUUGGCGCCGUAUAGAUUGCAUGCAUCGCUCGCUCGGUAUCCACGAACAAGACACGACCUUUAUCAUAAAAUGUGAUGUCAAACGUAACCCAACGGGGAUGAUGAACCAGUCAAUAAGCCAGUGUGGAAGGUCAUAGGGAACUGUUCGUCUUUCGACUUGCAUACACUGUAGACGCCCGGGAUUGAGACCAUGGCAUCCACGUGCAAUUGUGAUGAAACCCAAGAACUGGACCCAGCAGGGAUCGUCUUGAGUACUGCCAUUUCUAAUGAUACAGUGAGUGAUGAACUGCUAGAGCAAUGUUCUCAAGAGGGAUGCCUUGAUGUCCCGGAUGUAGAUGGAAAAACACCCUUAAUGUUGGCAUGUUUGAAAGGUCUCGAGAAUGUUGUCAAGUUUUUGUUGGAAAAUGGAGCUAACCCAAACUCAAAGAGCUUGAAGGAGGGUAACACUCCUUUGCAUUAUUCAUGUAUGUUGGAAGAUGUUGUAGGUACUGAUUACUUUCAGAAGCAACUAUAUAAACAAAAGGAAGGGAGAACCCCGCAAAUAUCUAUCAUAAAGCUUCUUGUAAAACAUGGAGCAGCUGUUCAGAGCAAUCUAGAUGGAUGGACCCCUUCAUGCAUAGCUGCAUUUUAUUUACUGAAGGAUUUUGUUGACUAUUUCUUAUCGAUGGGCGAUGGGGUUACUAAGGAGGAAAAGAUCAAAGCUUCUGCAAUUCUUGGAGUGGUAAGUGCUACUGUGGGGCGAAACCCAACUGAAGAUGCAUUUGGCUUUCUGUACAGAGCCAUUGAAUUUCAAGUAGGUUCAGGCUUCGAGAAAGGAGAUAAUGAACCCUCAGAACUUUCUGCUUGCUUCUCACAUAUCUCCUUAAGAGAAUGUCGUACAUUGGAUGAAAUCCGAUCAGUGGAAUCGUCAGAGAGUGCCUUGAAGGCUCAUGCAUUCUUGGUUGGCGAGAGACUUUUUCCUCCAAGUCUCAAGCAGAGAUACUUAUAUCCAUACCUUGUUUAUUUUGCUUAUCUUAUAAUGUACCUGGAGGAAGAUGUAGAAAGAGGAUUUCAGAUAUUUUCUCAUGUCCUUGAAUUGGAAAGACAUGGAGAGGCUAUACCAGGAACAGUACUGUUGCAAUUAUCAUAUGCUUAUGACUUUCAAUUAGUGUUUCAUGCUUUUGGAGAUGAACCAGAACCUCUAGUUCGUCAACUCUCAAAGGAUGUGUUGCAUUCUUACAUCCAAGUACUGGAGAAUACUCGUAUUGAUUGCCUGAUGGAUUUGUGUCAGAUACUGGUGGAAAGGUUUAGCCUGAUAGUUUUUUCUGAAGCACGGAGCAGCUACUCAGUUCCAUAUGAGUUGAAAUCCAACUUGCGAGACAUAGAGAACUUGAUGAGUAUCAUUAGGUGUAGAAUCCAUAGGGAAAAGCCUGCAGAGUUCAGCAAGAUGCCAUCCCUAACAUUUGAAAUAAUGUCACAUGUGAAGAGUAAAGAUGGCCGUGUGCUCUUUGACUGCGAGAGCUAUUCAAGACAAUUCACGCUUGUGAAAAUCAGGUAUUUGGUUCUCUGGGCUCUGCAAUAUGAUGGUGCUUCAUAUCGGCAUAGGACAAGCGGGAACACCCUGCUACAUCUUUUGGCAAUGUCCACAUUUGCAGCCGUUUAUAAUGGAUGUGUAACAAGGGUCAUGAGAUGUAUCAAGGAUCUUGCUGAGGCCUUUGUACAUCAUGGAUGUCCUAUAGAUGCAGUGAACAGCGAUGGAGAAACUGCCAGAGACAUCAUGCAGAAUGUUGGCUUGACAAGGUCCAAUUUUAAGCUAAUAGAAACGGUAAUGAGUCCGCCAAUCACUGUAUUGCAACUGCAGGAGUUGGCAGUGAGAGUCAUCAUCCGGCACAAGAUAAAUUACAAAAACGUCCUUCCUACGAGGCUGCACCAGAAUAUAGAAUGGGAUAGGCCUACUGAUGCGGACUUUAGCUUGAAGGUUUUAGGAAGUUUGAAGAAUAAAGAAAGCAGAUUUGAAAGUGACAGCAGUGGCGAAGAAACCGAGGAUGAUAGUGAUGAUACUAGUGAUAGUUAUCACUCUAGUGAUAGUAAUAAGAAUAGUGAUGACAGUGAGAGUGACUGAUUCACCGCCCAGGGUGAUGUGUCACGAAGCCGAUAAAGCUGCUCCUAAUGUGUGACUUUACAUUUAUGAAUGGAACAUGUUCUUAAGUGCUUAGUCAGCAACAUUGGGAUAUAUCAGCACAAGGAGGGAUCACCAGUCAUCUGAAAAAUGACAUGGGGGUUUGAGGCUGUUUCGCGCCUAAAAUGCCCAAAAGAGCCCUGAAAAAUAUCCAUUCAUUGCAGUAUAGCAGAUGUAGGCAGUAGAUUGCACAAUUCACAAAGGAGCCCCCCCCCCCCCCAUUUUUUUUUGCCUGUUUAGUGUGCGUGAAGUCAUGUAUGGCUUUAUGAAAUGGCCCCCAAGUGUGUUGUUGGAAGUGCAGUACAUUAAAAAUAAAAGGAAUAGCUAGAUUAUAGAUCGUGGGCUUAUAGUGUUACGUGAUGAUAAGACAUAUCUCACAUAUUCAAUAAUAUAUCAAUACAUAAUCAAUACUUAAUUGAUGCUUCUACAGGAAGUAUAACAGGAAAUCACGUUUACCAAUUUCAACUUUCUAAAGAAAAUAUUACUCAUUCUUCUUCCAGCUAAACUUCUGCCGCACACACACAUUUUAUGUUUUUUUUUUAUUCACUACUUUCGAGUAUAGAGCUACAGAAGAGUUUGUAUUUUAUGCUGCAAGAGUUUAUUCUAUCAUCUUCAGAAUAUAGUCAUUAUUAGACUUUAUGUAUUUAUCAUCAUUAUCAUCAUCAAGUUAUAAUCAUCUUUACUAAAUGUACAUAUACACUGUACACCCUGCAUUGCAUUUUCUUCAUUUAAGACUGGUUGAAAGCAAAAGUGCAAUCGUCCCAACGACAACACAACAAUAGGGUACUGACCCCCUAAAAAAAGUUCCACAACCUAGACAAUUAAAAGGAAAAAGGAGUAAAGAAAAGGAAAAAGUGAAAUGUGAUAUUUUUUAAUAUGACAAAAGCUAUAUCACAAAAUUCAAUUUUCAUUCUAAAAUUAUGUCUCAUUCAUUUAGGCCAUGUUGUGGCCCCUUAACUUUUUUUUAGCUCAGUACACUGUUUUCUGGUAUAAAUUGUAUAAUAUAUACAUAUUGUAUUUGGAUCUCAGCUAUCAAUAAUCUAUCUUUUCUUUAGUCUUGAAAUUUAUGAAAACAGCACCUGCAUGUAUACACAUGUACAAAGUUUAGUUUGUCUCAAUAUGUACUACUGCUAGUUAUAAUAUUAUGUUUUGUAUGUCCAAUUUACAGCGUAGGGAAUACAUGAUGGCAAUGGGCGAUUUUGCCCUCAUAACAGCCUAAAUCGCCCCUAAAAUCCCCCCAAAUACAUGCUUUGGGGCAACCAUUCUUUCUAUAGUCGCCCCAAGAUCUGUUCCAAAGAAUAUUCAAUAUUGAUUUAAAAAAUCAACAUUGUAACUGGCAGAAGAAUAACUGGUUUGGGUUGACUGCCCAUUCCAUCUAAUUACUAUUGUCACAUUAUUUAAUAAUAGUGUAUUAUGUGGCAGUCACGGGCCACUUUUCAUCAGUUCAUGAUGGCAACAUCAGGCCCAAAGAACAUUCUACCAAAAAAAAAUAGUUUUUACCCCUAAAAGUAGCCCUACAAAUGAAAGAAAAGCCCCCAAAAUUCUGAAAUCACUCCAAUGUGAAAAAGAAAAAUAGCCCCUAAAAAUAGAAUUGAUUUCCUACUCUGCCAAAUUAUACUGCUAUCUUUGUCUUCUUUGUGUCACUUUAUACAAUGGUGGAUCUAGGUGGGGGCAUAAUUUACGUACAUCCCUCCUUAUUUUGAGAAUCAACCACUGACCAUACAUGUUAAUGUAGCUAGGAUAAUUUGAUCUGCACACCCUCUAUAUUUAAAUUUGCUCUUUGCAUUCCCCUCCAAUUCAAAAUAUAUAAUCUGCCACUGCAUUUUAUUGUUUUAUUAUCAACUCCCCAUAUGGUCGAAAGAAAUGAAGUAUAAAUUCAAGAAUAUGGAUAAAUGAUGUUUAUUAAUUAGCUGUUUGAAAAUUUGGUGGUUGCUUGGUAUCAUUCUAGUGAUCCAUUUCAUAAAACUUUAAAAUAAAUUUAUUCGAUUGGCUGAUAGUCAACUUGUUAUAGAUUUUGUGCAUUUGCUUUUAUUAGAACUCUGUAUGAAUUGGUACCAAAACAUGAAAUAAUAAAAUCAAUUGUAAAAUCCAUUAUUUAAACUCUAUGGCAAAUCAAGUACAAAAAUAUUACAAUUGAUUGUAAAUAUUGAUUGUGAUUCUUAAUGUUACAAGUCCCAGAUAUUUAAUGUACUUUAUAUGUAAAAUAAAAUCUAUGUUUCUGCUCAUGAUGAAAUAUACUUGAAUUGUUAAAAAUGCUGCAUGUCUGAUAUGUUUGAAAUAUUUUUGGUUACAUGGUCAUGUUGAUUAUUUUAUCGUUAGAAGGAUAAAAUUCAUGAUGUAUAAUUUUACAUCAACAACUCAUGGUUUCAGAGUUGAGAAUACAUGUCUGGAGAUAAUUGAGCAAUAAUUGGCAGUGUUGACUGAAGCUUAAUAUUGUAUUGAAUAUCUCUAACUUUUUUUGCAUCUUAGAAUAUACUUGUUACUAAAAUUUAAGAGAAACUAAAAUGUGAAAUGUGAAAUUUGUUUCUAUACUCAUGCACUUUAAGUUCAAGUUAGUCAAUUUAUCUUUUUUCUUACCUGUGCUUUUGUAAUUUUUUUCUCAAUGUUUUUUUAUUGAUCAGUAUGCCCUCUCUAACUUUUGAACUAAUGAUGCAUGUGCGAAACGAUAAGCAUGUUCUGAGUUCUGACCAACCCGCCAAAGAAAAAUGUAUGCGGGUGAAACUGAGAUACCUGUUGCUCACGAUUCUCCAAUCUGACAAUGCCUCUUAUCGGGCGAGCUCCAGUGGCAACACUUUACUGCAUAUGGUGGCUAAUACCUUGGUCACAUUUGCUCUACGGCGAGUAAAAAAGAGCCGUUUAUUAAUUUUGAUUCAAACUACCUAUAUGCAGCUGGUACAAAAAAUGGUAAAACGGCUGUUUUCAAGUCGCCGUACGGCCGCCAUAGAGCAAAUAUGACUCGGGUAUUACUCAAUUCUUUCCGCAAUAUUUGAUGACAGGAGGUCUCAAGACCUACAGGUCUUAAUGAUCUUGCUCUGGCUUUGCUGCAACGUGAAUGCCCUUGAAGCGUAGUGAAUCAUAAUGGAGAGACUGCCAGGGAUAUUUUGAUGCAGAGUGCCUACAAAAAGUCCUAUUUUAAGAGGAUGUUGAAGCCGUCUGAUAGAGUGUUAAAAUUGCAGGAACAAGCUGUCCGAGAAAUUUUCCGACACAAAAUAAGCUACAAAGACAGGCUCCCUAAACGGCUUCGCAAGAUGUUAGAAAUAGGAGUUACGGAUGAAGACUUAGAGUUAACGGUUUUAGGAUUAAAAGACAAAGAGUCUGUAUAGAACCCUUUCAGGUCUCUGGAAAACUUAUGGCUUAUCUCUUUGUUGUCCCUUUGAUUAUUUAUAAUACAUUGUUCUGAAUGAUAAUUCGAACUAGAUAAUAAGAUCUCUUAAUGCAUUCGAAUGGCGUGUGUGAAUGUAUUUUAGACGAGGAUAUUUUCUUUGUGAUAAUGUAAUGUAAGUUUUGUUUUUGUCACUGUUUAGGGUCAGCAACUUAUCUGUCCCCUCCUUGUUCUUAGUUGAUCCUCAUUCAUGUAUUCAUUUAUUGAUAAUAUUGACAAUGCAUAUUUGACUUUUUUCCCCUCUACUUGAAAGAAAUGAAAUUUUAAUUUAAAAAUUACAUUAAACCACUCAUUGUCUUCUCUGCUUCUCUCCUUCUAGCCAGUCAUUUCAUCUUUUGAUUCACUUCAUUUCAUGAAGUGCUCAUACAUACUACAUGUACGUGGCAUAACCACCCACCAUGGGGCAGUGUUAUUAAUCACCUUCAGUGAUAUACAUGUACCGUAUUCCUAAUUCAUGUAGUGUAUACAAACAU